GCGGAAGCCCGGACGCCUUUCACGUCAACACCCGCUUGUUGUGGUGUUCUGCCUUUUUGCCGAACCAGGAAGAUGGAUCUGCUGUCGAGCAAAUGGCUCGUUAAUCUGCUCGUCUGUUGCCUUUUCGUCGGCGUCGGCUGUAAUUCGGUGGAAAAGAAGAUUUACGUGAACCUCAAUUACACCGUCCCGUGUGUGCGACUGCUCAACGCCACGCAUCAGAUAGGCUGCCAGUCCCAUUUGUCCGGUAAUGUGGGCGUGCUCCAUGUGCUGGAGUCGGAGGAAAACCUGGACUGGGUCCUGCACUCUGGUCUCACUCCUCCGUAUCUGGUUAUCCUGGAGUCCUCGCUCUUUACCAGAUCCAUCAUGAUGAAGCUGAAGAACGGCUCCAGCAGGGUGGCGGGCGUCGCUGUCGUGACGCCAAACGCAAACCCGUCCCAGGGCACCUCCCCGCACACCAGCUGUCCCAACGAGAACACGGGCGUGUACACGGAGAACUACGAUCCGACCAUGGCCCGCUGUAACGUGACGGUGUGGAACCCGCUGGGAACCGGCUUGUCCUACGAGGAGUUCGACUUCCCCAUCUUCGCUAUGAAGGAGGACAAUGACACGCAGGUCAUACGGCAGUGCUACAUGGACCACAACCGCGCCGGGAACGGCAGCACCCCCCAGUACCCGCUGUGCGCCAUGCAGCUCUACUCCCACAUGUCGGCCGUCACCGACACGGCCACCUGCAUGCGGAGGAAUAACAUCAACUUCAGCCUCAGCCCGGAGAUGGUUUGCGACCCGUUGAGUGACUUUAAUGUUUGGGCCUCCACUCGACCUCUCAACAACACGGCCAAGGGCCACAAGGAGGGGGAGAGCGUGGUGCUAGCAGCAGCCAGGUUGGACAGCCGGUCUUUUUUCUUCGACAUCGCUCCGGGAGCAGAGAGCGGCGUCUCCGGGUUCGUCGCUCUGCUGGCGGCCGCUCACGCUCUGAGGAACGCCACCCAGGAGGCCCCGCCCCCACGCAACAUCCUCUACGCCUUCUUUCACGGGGAAACCUUCGACUACAUCGGCAGCUCGAGGAUGGUUUAUGAUAUGGAGAAGAAUAACUUUGCUGUGGACCUGGACAACAUUCACUCGGUGCUGGAGGUCGGACAGGUCGGCCUGCAUGCUGAAUCCAGACUGUGGCUUCACUCCGACCCCGUUUCCAGGAAGAACAGCAGCGUCAAUGAAGAGGUGAAGAAGCUCAUCCUCCGCCUGCAGUCGGCCGCCUCGGGCCUGAACGUCUCGGUGGAGGAGCCCGGCUUCUCUCAGCCCCUCCCGCCCUCCUCCUUCCAGCGGUUCCUGCGAGCUCGGCCGAUCCCCGGCGUCGUCAUCGAGGACCACCGGUCUGCUUUCACCAACAGCUUCUACGAGAGUAUGUACGAUAACGCCGAAUACCUCAACAUAUCCUACCCGCCGGACCUGACGCCGGACGAGCAGCUCGAGUACGUCACGGACACCGCCAAGGCUCUGACUGAGGUGGCCACCGUGGUCGCCCGGACUCUGUACAUCCAGGCAGGCGGAGCAGAGAGCCGGCUUGGCAGCAUCAACGCCGACCCUCAAAUGGUGACCCGGAUUCUGUACGGUUUCCUGGUCCGCUCCAACAACUCCUGGUUCCAGCAGCUGAUCCCCUCGGACCUCGUGAGCCACCUGACGGACCGGCCCACGAACUUCUACGUGGGCGUGGCCCAGCAGCCCGGCAAGCCCACCCUGCUGGUCCAGUACCUGCUGGCUAACCUGACCGGCAGCACCGUUAACGUCAGCCAGGACGACUGCUGGAACCAGAGGGUGGAGGAGCAGGACAAAGAGAGCAAACACAUGUACUCCUACCUGUGGGUUCAGGGCGCGGCGCCCCCCAACAGCACCGAGCGGGUGGGCUUCUGCAUGCGCUCCGCGGCCCGUCUCUCCAAGGCGCUGUCGCCGGCCUUCGACCUGCAUGAGUACACCUCCAAAGACUACUCGACGUGGACCGAGUCGCGGUGGAAGACCAUCAAAGGACGCAUCUUCCUGGUGGCGAGUCACGAACUGGAGAUGUUGACGCUCGGCGUGGGCGUCGGCGUGCUGCUGACGUCCCUGAUGCUGACGUACAUCAUGAGCUCCAAGGCCGACAUACUCUUCAGCUCGGGGAGGGAGCCCGCCAACGCCACCUACUGAGGCGGCGCCGGCCCACCACCCCCCCCCCCCAACCCCACCAACCCCCCCCCCCACCACCACCACCACUACAACAACUACAUCCAUCCCAAUCAGACAUGGACAGACGCACCACGAGGAGGUACAACCGGUGAGACGCAGCACCGUUUAUUUUUUUGUUUUGACGACGAUGUUUAUGGACUCACCGAGGUGAGACGUGACACGAGGACUGGACCGGACCGGAUGGAUCUGGACUCAUCAGGUUCAGAAAACACUGCUCAGACCCUUUGUCAGUGGACACGGUGUUUAUAUUUCUUUUUGUUUUUCUCUUCUUUUUUUUUGUCGAAAAAAGGAUGUUUCGUUAAUACGGGGAAUCGGCAAUAAACAUCAAGCAUUAUUUUUCAGCGCGUUUUCUCCGAUUGUGAAUAUGUAAAUGUGUGUGUGUGUGUGUCUGUGUGUACGGACAACGAGUGUGUGUGUGUGUGUUUUGAACUGUGAGGAUUUCGAUGACGUGUGCAAUACUGCAGCUGUCUUCUCUGUCGAUGUCGUUAACUUAUCAAUCAGUUCCAAGAAGAAUAAACCUCUUUUUUUUUUGAGUCGGUGAACAAGUAAUUAAAUUUAAGGUCAAUUAAAUUCAAAUCUGGACACGUGUGGUGAA